AGCAGCAGCCCCACAGUAGUGAGGGGCCAGGAGUUCACUUUGGCUGCUUUAGAUCCUUACAAUAAAAGACUCUGGCAUCAUCAUAAAGCAACUGAACCAUGGCCAACAUUGAGAUCAGAAAGUACCGGGAUGAAGACUGUGAGACUGUGAAGGAGCUUUUCAUCUCGGGGAUGAAUGAGCACCUACCUUUGUCCUUCAUGCACGUCCUGAAACAGCCGUUGACCCACAUGCUGCUCAUGUGCACCUUCUGCUCGCUCAUGGCCACCGCUAAGUCCGUUCUGCUGCCCGUCCUGGCCGUCACCCUCCUCCUGGCCGGAGCCCGGCAGAUGAUCGUACACAUGUUCAACACUUACAUAGAGGCCUCCUUAAAGAAUGACCUCAACAGCAUUGAUGAGACCUACCUGAAGCAGAGAAAUUCCUGUUUCUGGGUGGCUGAAAGUGACGGGCAGGUGGUCGGGACAGUGGCGUGUGUCCCGGCUGAGAACGCCCCUGAGUUUUUGGAGCUGAAACGUAUGUCAGUCCGUCGCAGCCACCGUGGAAAGGGAAUCGCUAAGGCUUUGUGUCGGACAGUAGCGGAUUUUACUCGGGACAGAGGCUAUCCUGCUGUCAUCCUUUAUACCUCUAUGGUUGCAACUGAUGCUCAGAGGCUGUAUGAACAUAUGGGUUACAAGAAGAUAAGGCAGUUCCCUUUACCUGAGUUCUUUGCAAAAAUCAUUAACUUUACUUUGAUUGAGUACAGGCUUGACUUAGAGAAAGAGAAAUGAAACUAGUGACAACAAUCUUUAAAAUAACUUAUCAUGUUUUUACUUUGUUUAAAGUUUUUUCUAUACAACUUGAUCUACCCGUUGCUUCCUCAGCAGUUCAGCUAUGUUUAUUGUUUUAUCCUAAUUUUUUUUAUUUGCUUAUGUUUGUAUCUAAAAAUGUCAAUAA